GUUGAGAAUCUAUUGCUGGGUAGGAUGAUGAAACAGGUUAUGAGCGUGGGCCAAAGGUUGUUGAAGUAUGAAACCCCAGCCAUUAUAAAAAGUUAGGUACUUUCCAGCUUUAUAAAAGAAUUUAUUCUUGAGGCUCAUAUCUCAAUCUGUUACAGAUGCUCUGUCAGAUUCCAUUCCACAUGUAAUCGUCUACUCAAAAAGAAAGUGUUGUCGGUUCUAACGCUCAUUCUUCCUUGCAACUUAUGAAGUUACUGUUUUCAGGAGAUAGAUUUGCUUGGCUGCGGGGCAAUGAGUUUUCACGUCACACUUUAGCUGGACUCAAUCCGGUGAACAUUGAGAUUUUGAAGGAAUUUCUAAUUCUCAGCGAGCUAGACCCUGCUGUCCAUAGUCCUCCAGAGUCGGCCUCACGAAGGAAUUGAUAGAGCAAGAACUCAAUGGACUGAGUGUAGAAAAGAAAAAUUUAUACUCGCAAGUGAGUUCUCUCAGCCUCUCAAGUUAAUUGUUAUUUAAUGAUUGUUUAUGUUCUUGCUUGAACUAUUUAAUAAUGCUUUAUUGUUCAUGUUUGGGUUGAUUAAUCUGAUCCUAUGGUGAUUUUGGCCUUAAGUAGUGGUGCACCUUGAUUAUUUAACAUGUAUUGGUUGUAUUAAAUAUACAAUCUGUCUUGUAGUUGUGUAACUGUGUUUAUGUUCUAAUUUCAAGUAUUUAAAUAUAAUUUUUGAAUCUGUUUUGGUUGCUUAUAAAGUAUCAUAUAUGGUGAUUGCUUCAAGUAUUAAAUUUACAAUCUGUCUUGUAGUUGUGUAAUUGUGUUUAUGUUCUAAUUUCAAGUAUUUCAAUAUACUUUUUUGAAUCUGUUUUGGUUGAUUAUAAAGGAUCAUAUAUGGUGAUUGCUUCAAGUAUUUAAUUCAUGUUAUCUUUACCAUGUGUUACUUGAUUCAUCUUAAUUCUUAUCCAAUCUGUUUUUUGUUUAUGUUCUAAUUCCAAGUACUUAAAUAUGCAUAUGUAGAAUCUGUUUUGAUUGAUUAUAAAUGUUUAUACAUUGUUCUUGCUUCAAGUAUUUAAUGUAUGCCAUAAAAUUGUGUUGCUUGAUUAAUAUGUUCCAAUCUGUUUUGUGUUUCUGUUCUAAUUACAAGUAUGAAAUGGCAUUUGUGUUUUUCAUGUUUUUGUGGCAAGUUUUAUCCAGUUUCUUUUAUGUUUAUGUUGUUGAGGUGCCUUGCUUCUGGAGGCACAUCGGGCCACUAAGGCAAGAUUGAAUACUAAAAUUGUUCAAGUCAAAUUAGUUUGACUUUAACAUAUGUUUUAGUUGAAUUAAAUCAACUAUAUCAGCCUUGCCUUUUGGAGGCACAUUGAGCCAUCAAGGCAGGGCUGUAUAACAAAACUGUUAUUGUGAAAUUGUUUUGACUUUAACAUCUUUUAGUAUCCUUGCCUUCUGGUGGCACCUUGAGCCACCAAGUUGAAAGGUUGUUUUGAAUUCUGGUCUGUGAUCCCAUGCUUAUGGGUUGUUUCUGGUUUUGUGUUUACAAUUUAUUAGAUCCCACCAAAUGGGUGAUCCAGUUAAUGAUGUUGAUCCGGUAGAGGAGUAUGAAAAUGAAAACUCUGUUGGGAUUAGCUUAGUAGAGGCCAUAUCUGAUAAUGAUAGAGACACUGCCCAAAAUUCUCAGGCCCCUAAUACUGUGUCUACUGAGGGCCCUUCCACAGAAGUUCAAACAGUAGCCUAUGAAAGAAAAAAAAGAAAGAGGACUUCUGAUGUAUGGAAGGAUUUUGUUGAAGUUGAUAGCAAUGGGGUUAAACAGCCUCAAUGUAAGUGGUGUAAAACUAUAUUUAAAGCUUCUCGCUCAAGUUCUACCACUACAUUACGUAGGCACCUGCUGACUUGUUUGCCAUACAUGGGGUCUAAGAAAAAACAAAAAGUCUUAGCAGUUGAGUCUAAGGAGGCAGAUGGUGCCUUCACUGUCUCAAACUUUACCUAUGAUCGUAAUAGGGUCCGAGAGCUUGCCUCUCAUAUGAUACUUUACCAUGAAUAUCCAUUCUCUUUAAUGGAACAUGUGGUAUUUAAUAGAUUCAUGAGUGCAAACACUCCAUAUUGGGAAAAAAUGUCUCGGGCUGCUGCAAAGAAAGAAUGCAUGAGAACUUAUGAGAAUGAAAGGACAAAGUUAAGGGCUUUGCUUAAACAUGUGAAUAAGGUUCAUAUCACAACUGACAUGUGGACUUCUUGUCAAAAACUUUCAUAUAUGGUAGUGACAUGUCAUUUUAUAGACUCUGAUUGGCACCUUCAGAGGCGUGUCUUGAACUUUUGUAAUGUGCCACCUCCACAUACUGGCCUUCUUAUUGCUGAUGCUUUAGAAAAGUGUUUCCAAAGUUGGGGGAUUGAGAAUAAAAUUAGUUCAAUUACUGUUGACAAUGCUAGUUCUAAUGAUGUUGCCAUUCGAAUCUUGAAAGAUGAUUUUAGAUUGAAGAAAACACUGUCUGUAAGUGGCCAACUGUUUCAUGUACGUUGUUGUGCACAUAUAACAAAUUUACUUGUACAGUAUGGACUUGGGGAGAUUAGGGAUAUUAUUGAUUGUGUUAGAGAUGGUAUAAAAUAUCUAGUAGCAUCGGAGAGUAGGCUAAAACAGUUUAGUGAAAUUGCAAAACAGUUACAAUUGCCCUCAAAGAAACUGAUUUUAGAUGUGCCUACAAGAUGGAACAGCACUUAUUUAAUGUUGGAUGCUGCAAUUCAGUUCAAAGAAGUUUUUCCUAGAUAUGGUGAUAGAGAUAGAUGUUUUGAGUGGGUUCCAACUGUUGAAGAGUGGGGGCAAGUUGAAAAUGUUUGUCAACUAUUAGCUAUUUUCAAUGAAGUCACCAAUAUUGUAUCUGGAAGUGAUUACCCAACAGCAAACUUAUUUCUUUCUGAAGUUUGGAGAAUGAAAGACAUCUUAGGUAAGAAGAGUAGAGAUGAGAAUGAGUACAUGAAAUCAAUGGUAAGAAAAAUGAGUGCUAAGUUUGACAAAUAUUGGGGGGAGUGUAAUCUAUUGAUGUCAAUUGCUGCGGUGUUAGAUCCUAGAUUUAAACUGGUCCUGAUCCAGUUCUGUUUUCCUUUAAUUUAUCAUGGGCCGGAGGCUGCAAAGAAUAUUGAUCAUGUGUCUGCUGUGUUGCUUGAGUUAUAUAAUGAGUAUAUUCAUGAAUACAAUUCAACUCUUGAGGCACAAAGAGAGCAGGAUAAUGCUCGAAUGAAUGUAUCUGGUUCUUCCUCAAGUGUUGGGACUGGGAGAAGCAUGCAGAGUGGCCAGUCAUUAUUUAAAUCUUUUGUUAGAAGUGUUGAUACCGUGCAGCCUAGUAAAUCAGAACUAGACAAUUAUUUAGAGGAGAGCAUUUAUAUUUGUGAAGAGGGUUCAGAUGCAAGUUUUGAUGCCUUGGAAUGGUGGAAAACAAAUAGUCUCAAGUUUCGAACUUUAUCCAAACUGGCCCGAGAUAUUUUGGCUACUCCAAUUACCACAGUUAGCUCAGAAUCAACAUUCAGCGCAGGAGGCAGAGUCAUUGAUCCUCAUAGAGCUUCAUUGAAGACUGAAACUGUCCAGAUGUUGUUAUGUGGGUCUGAUUGGGUUAGGGCACUAUAUGGCCUUAAAAGAUCAUCCACAAAUUCUAUGGAUGUCCCAUCAGAAACUCAUUUUCUCUUGCCACAGCAAUAGGCCCAUACAAACUUACAUUCUGUUUUUUGAGCAUGUUGAAAAAAUGGAGCAUUUGGGCAGUUUUCUAGUUUUAUCUGAUUUUUUUUGUUUAGUCUAUAUUAUUUGCUAUAUGAUAUUUGGACAGUUUACUUUGUAAUAUUUGGACAGUUUGGUUGUUCUAUUUGAUUUUGUUUGGGAUGAUAUGAGUCAUGAUAGUUCAGGUAAUUUCUAAGUUCUAACUCUUCACCAUCCAGAUUUCCUUAAUUUACUUUAAAUGGCAAAUUAAAUUUUGCAUUGCAAACAUCCCUUGACAAUAUUACUAAGUUAAAAGUACUUGAGUAAUUUUGCAAGGGAAUAAAAAUUAUAUUAAUGUUUUUUUACUGGAUCAGUGUGUGCAGGUUGUCAUGGUGAUUUUCUUCAAGUUUGGGAACUUGUUGACUUCUGACAUGGUGAACUCCGAUUUUGUAUAAGUUUGGUAACUUCCUGUCAUUGUGAAUGUUCAAAUUUUGGUAACUGCAGUCUGCAGUUAGAAGAAUGAGAUUAAUUUCAAACUUUGGUAACUUGUUGUGAACAUCUAUUUUGGACACUGCAGUUGGCCAUCUAUAUGUUUGUCUGGCUGAUUUUGUUGAACUUUGGUAACUUGUUAUGAACUUGUAAUUUCUUUGGUAACUUAUUUGGUAACUGCCAAUGGUAUGAGAAUGAGAGUAUUGUGGGCCUGUGGCUGGUAACUGUCUCAAACUGCAUUUUGUAUCUACUUUGUAUUGAUAUUUUGUGGCUGGUAUGAGAGUAUUGAGUUAUGUGUAUUUUCUAUGUGUGUGCCCAUUGAAGUUGUCAACUUGUCUACCUCACAGUUUGUUUUCUGGCUGAUAUGAGUCAUGCCUAUUGGCUAUUGCCUAUUGCUGGGUCGUUGUUUUGGAUCUGUUCUAUGGUAACUGCAUAAUGCAUUUGGUAAUUUUGCUGAAUCACUGAUGCACAUAUUUCUAUCAGAUUUUGGGAACUAGCUGACUUAUGUGACUGUCAUGGUGAUAUCAGAUUGUAUUGACUUGUCUAAAUCCCUAAUGCACAUAUUUAUUUAUGAUAUUGCCUGUAUAAUUAUAUUGUGUAACUUGUUAGAGAUAUGAUAUUGAUUUUUCACGGCAAAUUAAGUUUUGCAUUUUCUGUGGAAUAUCCCUUGACAGUAUUGCUAAGUUAAUGGUACUUGAGCAAGGGAUUAAAAAUAACACCAAUUUUUUUAGUGUAUUAGUGUAUGCAGGGCAACAAUGUAUUUCUGGCUGGCUCCAUGCAUGAUUCCAUGAAGACUGAGGACUUUGUCAUUUGACAGCCUAUUUUUUGUUUUGAAAUAUAAUGUAUAUUAUUUCAUAAUUUAUUGCUGUAAAUUGUAAUUAAUUUUUUUAUUCACUUGUUCCGUUAAGAUGUAAAGCUUCGUCUAAUAUUGUACCAUAAGUCC